AGUUCAUCUGUCCGCAAGACUCGCUAGCGUCAAAAAUGGCGGCACUGAGCGACAGCGAUCCGUGUUCUUACAGCAAACCAGACGAGUGUAGCGUCACGCACAUCGAUCUAAAUUUGUUAGUAAAUUUCGAUGCCAGAGAGGUUUCAGGAACUGCACAUCUGAAGGUAGAGAAAAGGCAAGAAAAUGCUGCAACACUGGUUCUUGAUAGUGGAGACCUGAAAAUUGUCGGAAUAAAAGAUUUAGCAACUGGUGAAAAAAUGGAAUUUAGUAUUGGAGAAAAAAGUCCAGUUUUUGGCUCCAGGCUUGAGAUCCAGUUACCCAGCAGCAGUGAGAAACACCUGACUGUGAGUAUCACCUAUGCAACAAGUCCACAGUGCACCUGCCUCCAAUGGCUUGAACCUCAGCAGACUGCUGGCAAGCGCCAUCCUUACCUCUUCAGCCAGUGUGAGGCCAUUCAUGCUCGCAGCUUUGUUCCCUGUCAGGACACGCCUGCUGUAAAAUUUACCUACACUGCAAAGGUAAGUGCUCCAAAAGGAAUUACUGUCCUAAUGAGUGCAGUGAGACUUCAACCUGUGGCCUGUGAAGGGGACAAUUCUCAGCUGAUUCAUCAGUUUGAGCAGAGAGUGCCCAUUCCCAGCUACCUUCUUGCUAUUGUGGCAGGGGACCUUGAGAGCAGGGUCAUAGGUCCCCGCUCAAAUGUAUGGUCAGAAAGAGAGCUUGUGGACAUGGCGGCCAAUGAAUUUGCAGAGACAGAGAAAAUGCUGCAGACUGCAGAAGACUUGCUGGGGGACUAUGUUUGGGGCCAGUAUGACUUGCUCAUCUUGCCUCCAUCCUUUCCAUUUGGUGGCAUGGAGAACCCUUGCCUCACCUUCGUCACUCCCACACUGCUGGCAGGAGACAGGUCACUGGCUGAUGUUGUAGCUCAUGAAAUCGCUCACAGCUGGACAGGAAACUUGGUCACUAACUCUACAUUCCAAGACUUUUGGCUGAAUGAAGGGCACACAGUCUUUGUUGAAAGAAAAAUCAUAUCACGUCUUCAUGGUGGAGAACCCUUGAGAACUUUACUUGCUAGUGAAGGGUGGAAAGCUCUGCAAGAGACAAUCAAUCAGCUUUACAAAGCCAAUGAACCUCAGUAUACCAGACUCAUUCCAGAUCUGCGUGGAGUUGAUCCUGAUGAAGCUUUCUCAAUUGUGCCAUAUGAAAAGGGCUGUGCAUUGUUGUUUUAUCUUGAAGACCUUCUUGGUGGACCAGAUAUCUUUGAACCAUUUCUGCGAGCAUAUGUCAACCAUUUUAAAUUCAAGUCAAUUAGUGCUACAGAGUGGAAAGAUUUUCUUUUUGGCUACUUCAAAAGAGAGACAGAUCAAGAAAAAUUGAGAGGUGUUGACUGGCAAAAAUGGUUUUAUGCAGAAGGAAUGCCACCAAUUCAUCCUCAGUACGAUACAAGUUUGGCAUUGCCCUGUGAACAGCUCAGCACACGAUGGCUGACUGCCAGUGAUGCAGAUCUCACCAUGUUCUUGUCAAGUGACUUCGAGCAGUUUUCUUCAUUACAGAAACGAAUAUUUAUUUCACUUUUACUGGAAGCAAAGAGUCCUCUGACAGUGCCCAAACUGAAGCAAAUGGAAUCUCUCUAUCAUCUCAGUAAAAUUAAGAACUCAGAGAUCCGCUUCAGGUGGCUGAGACUUUGUGUGAAAGGACAAUGGGAAGAGGCUAUCCCCUCAGCUCUUGAGUUUGUAACAGAACAAGGCAGGAUGAAGUUUGUGCGACCUCUUUACAGGGACCUGUAUGAAUGGGAGGCAUCCAGGCAGCGUGCCAUCAAUAACUUCCUGGAGCAUGAAAGGGAGAUGCACAAUACAACAGCCAAGCUGGUGGCCAAAGACCUGCACUUAUCACGAUGACUUGUCACUAACAUCUUCAUGAGCAGCCAGUCCUCAGUGCCAUGUUGAUUGUCAAAGACAUUAACUUCAACAGUCCAUGCUUGCUGCAGCCUGUUUGUGUUACUAUUACAGUGGUAUAAACAGAGUGUUGUUUUGUACUUUUAUUUAUAUUUCAGGUUUUAUUUUAAUUUUUUAUUCAGCCAUAUUCUACAGCACCUCUUGCUUCUACCAAGUAUCUUUAUGUGGAUUUUUAUGCUUCAAUAUGCUGUCAUUGCAAACAUGUGAUUAACAUUCACCAUACAUGCGUGAUUACAGCAUGUAGCUGCAUCACUUUUAUGCUAUAAUUAUGAAGAAUUAUUUAAAGGGAUUUCUCAGCUCAGCAUGUUGUAAGUAGAUAUGUCCAGAAUGGUUAGGAUUCUUGAAUGCAUCACACUUUAUGAGAAUGAAUAACACCAAAAAAAAAAACCUCUAGUACCUUUUAGGAAUUAUUUUUCCAUAAACAUUUUUCCCUUUAACAGCUAUUUGAAGCAUCCUAUCACGAACUUGUAUUACUGGACUGCUUGCAGGCGAUUUUUUCUAGUUAAUGACAAAAACGAGGCAGGUGUAUACAAAGCUUCUGGUUUAGUCACAUUCAUUGUUUAGGCUUGCCGAGACAGUGGAGAACUUCGCAAGAGGCUAAGCAUUGGUCUUGGCAGACAGACAGCAGUCCUCCUGUACACGUCGUGAUCCUAUUGAACAUGCUUUUUUCAUUUGAAAAUACUGGAAAAUUUACUCUGACAUCAUGUUUGCUGUAGAGACAUUUAUGAUUGCUGGUUUCCAUUAUUUAAAAAAUAACAUCAUAAAUGUAUUGUUUAAAUUCCUUACUUUAAAAAAUAUGUUUAUAUAUCCAGUUUAUUUAUACUCUAAAUUUUUGUUUUUGAAAUGUCACAUUUUCUGAGCCAUUUCUUCAAAGUCCAUAUAUUGAAGCUGCUAGAACCAACUACUGUGCAAGAAUGUAAUAAUAGGGGAAGAAAGCACAGUACUCUUCAGGAACUAAUUUUCAUGAACUUUUUCCUGCUAUCAACUAAAAUAAGCAUGCAAUUGAAUAUUUUUUUUUCUAAAUAGCACAGAAUUAGACUGCUAGACAGCAUUUUAAAAAUGGCUAACAGUUGCCAAUUACAAUAUUGAUUUCUACUUUUAAACAAAAACAAAAAAACUAGAAUAGUCAAAGGCAAGUGUUAUUUGGAUUCUAUUUAUAUUUUCAUAACAUAUUAUUAUUAUCACAUUUUAUUUAUGGUGUGAAAGUAUUUUUUAAUGUAAAGGCUUUAUGGGUCUUUUUUAACUUCCUGCUGCAGAUUUCAGGCCUGUUGAAAUACAUUUACGACCAGAUUUAUUACUUGAAAACAAAUAAACUAUUCAGAAAGUGG